AUGAAGAGCCCGGGCUGUGUCAAGGACGUCCAGAGGUUGGCGGGGCGAUUAACAUCACUUUCCCGGUUUCUCGGGGCCUCGGCGACAAAGGCCCUACCAUUCUUCAACCUCAUGAAGAAAGGGAUGGCAUUUGAAUGGACACCCGCGUGCGAAGAAGCCUUUCAACACUUCAAGGAAAUCCUAGCGGCACCUCCCGUUCUCGGGAAGCCAAGGGACGGGGAACCACUGUACCUGUACCUCGCUAUAACAAGCGAAGCCCUGGCCGCAGUACUAGUGCGGGAGGACGGGAGGACCCAACAACCAGUCUACUUCAUAAGCAGGGCACUACAAGGAGCAGAGUUAAGAUAUAGCAAGUUGGAAAAGCUAGCCUUGGCACUCCUAACUUCCUCGAGAAGGUUAAAACAGUAUUUCCAGAGUCACCAGGUGGUCGUCAGAACGGACCAAGGGAUCCGACAAGUUCUCCAAAAACCCGACCUGGCGGAAAGAAUGAUGACUUGGUCCAUCGAGCUCUCUCAAUAUGACAUACGGUACGAGCCCCGGCGAGCCAUCAAGGCACAGGCCAUGGCAGAUUUUUUGGUUGAAGUAACAGGAGACCCAGGCGAAGACUUGGGUACACGGUGGAAGCUCCAUGUGGACGGAGCCUCCAACCAGACCUUCGGAGGAGCCGGGAUCAUCCUAGAAAGUCCAAACGGGGUCGUAUACGAGCAGUCGGUCAGAUUCGAGUUUUUCAUCUCAAACAACCAAGCAGAAUACGAAGCCCUCAUAGGAGGCUUGGCCCUAGCAACAGAGGUCGGUGCAAAAAGGCUGGAAGUAUGCAGCGAUUCCCAAGUCAUCACUUCCCAAGUAAACGGCAGCUAUCAAGCCAAGGACCCCUUGUUGCAGAAAUACUUGGAAAAGGUGAUAACACGGUUCGGGAUACCAGAAGUCGUCAUCUCGGACAACGGCACACAAUUUGCCGACAAAAAGUUCACAGAAUUUCUCAACGGCCUAGUAAUUCCCGUGGAGAUCGGAGAACCGAGCCCGCGAUUGCUUUUAAAAGGAGUAGAGGAAACUGUAGAAAAGGACCUGAUAGAUGAAGCCCGGGAAAUGGCCCAUUUGACGGAAACAGCGCUAAAACAAAGAAUAGCUCUGCGCUACAACACCAAAGUGCUCAAGAGGGACUUCGAGCCUGGCGACCUCGUCUUGAGACGGAACGAUAUCGGCUUGCCGACCCCCGGAGAAGUUACCGAAUAA